AUGUUGGCUGUGAUAUGCGGUGCAGUGAACAAGGCUUAUACAGCAGCCAUGGAAUCCAUAAUGGAAUACAAACGUUUCUUGGAGAAAGGACAAUCCCCUAGCAGAGAUAUAUUGCGAACCGUUUUCAUCAUCGAUUUCAUUUAUGAAAACGUCCAUUAUAAAUUUACCGCUACUAGAUCAGCUUCAGACUCUUUCACGCUUUUACUUGAAUGGAUCAAGGGUGUAAGUUUCUGUUCGAUGGUGGAAAAUGAUCCAACACAACUUCGUUCACUCUCUCCUGGAAAGCUUGUGAAAUUUUUGGUGGAGUCUGGCGAUCAUGUAAAAAGAGGUGAUAAAAUUCACAUGCCGUUUAUCGCAACAGAAGAUGGUAUUGUUCAAUUUAUAAAACAAGAAAACUCGACGCUCGAAUCCGGUGUCAUUAUUGGAAUUCUUACUCUUGAUGACCCUAGUCAGUUCAGUUCGUCACGCGUUACAUUUGAGGGACAACUUCCUGCAAUGAAUCCGCCCGUUUUAGUUGGUGACAAAGCUCAUCAGAGAUAUUGUGAGGUCAAGCAUAUCCUUGAAUGUAUAUUGGAUGGUUAUGAUAAUCAAGCAAUGUUACACAGA